ACUAUUACUUGUGACAAGGGUUCUAAUAGUGAACAUUUGAAGCGCACACAUCUUCACGAUUUGGAGACUGAAAUAAUUUUUUAAGGAAAGUUGGAGACCUGGCAUAUCUGGAGUUUCAACAGCCCGUUCUUUUUCAAAGUUGUCAAGACACUCUUAUUUUCCAAAGGUCCCUAACACAUCGCAGGGUGUGUGCCACGUGCAUGCGUGCGUGUGCGCGGUGGCAAUCAACGCUGGUGGCCACUUUGCGCGGAGAAAGUACAUCGACCUCCAGCCUCCUUUCUCGCGUUCCUCACAUCUCACGUCUCCGGAGUUCUCGGUGUUGUUUUGUUGAAGGUGCCUGGCGACUCUUCCGAGCGGAACGCAACCUCCAUCCAGCACAGCGUUACCAGUGAGAGACGCGUUCCUGAGUCUCCGAUCAUUUUUCCCUCUGGAAAUAUUCUACGGUGGGUCUUUAUUGUUUUGAAUAAAAGCAACCACCCGUCAUGGACCUCAUCGGGUUGCUGAAGUCUCAGUUCCUGUGCCAUCUCGUCUUCUGUUACGUAUUUAUCGCCUCGGGGCUCAUAAUAAACACCAUUCAGCUCUUCACUCUCAUUCUUUGGCCAAUUAACAAGCAGCUCUUCAGGAAGGUCAACUGCCGCCUGUCUUACUGCAUCUCCAGCCAGCUGGUAAUGCUGCUGGAGUGGUGGUCGGGCACCGAGUGUAUCAUCCACACGGACCCCCAGGCCUACCCCCAGUUUGGGAAAGAAAACGCCAUCGUGGUUCUGAACCACAAGUUUGAGAUCGACUUUCUCUGCGGUUGGAGCCUGGCCGAGCGCUUUGGGGUUUUGGGGGGCUCCAAAGUGCUGGCCAAGAAGGAGCUGGCGUACGUGCCCAUCAUUGGCUGGAUGUGGUACUUCACGGAGAUGGUCUUCUGCACGCGCAAGUGGGAGCAGGACCGCAAGACCGUCUCCAAGAGCCUGCUCCACCUCCGGGAUUACCCCGAGAAGUACUUUUUCCUGAUUCACUGCGAGGGCACUCGGUUCACGGAGAAAAAGCACCAGAUCAGCAUGCAGGUGGCGCAGGCCAAGGGGCUGCCCAGCCUCAAGUACCACCUGCUGCCACGCACUAAGGGCUUCGCCAUCACCGUGAGGAGUUUGAGAAAUGUAGUUUCAGCUGUAUAUGACUGUACACUCAAUUUCAGAAAUAAUGAAAAUCCAACAUUGCUGGGAGUCCUAAAUGGAAAGAAAUACCACGCAGAUUUAUAUGUUAGGCGGAUUCCUCUAGAAGAAGUCCCAGAGGAUGAGGAAAAGUGUUCGGCCUGGCUCCACAAGCUUUACCAGGAAAAGGACGCCUUCCAGGAGGAGUACUACAGGACGGGCACCUUCCCGGAGACGCCCAUGGUGCCCCCACGCCGGCCCUGGACGCUCUUGAACUGGUUGUUCUGGGCCUCGCUGCUGCUGUACCCGUUCUUCCGGUUCCUCAUCAACAUGGUCAGCAGCGGGUCUUCCCUGACACUGGCCAGUUUUCUCCUUGUCUUCUUUGUGGCCUCCAUGGGCGUUCGAUGGAUGAUCGGUGUGACGGAAAUUGACAAGGGCUCUGCCUACGGCAACGUGGACAGCAAGCAGAAACAGAACGACUGACCCAGGACACGUGCCGUCCAAAGGGGACCUUGGGGAACUGGUGGACGCUGCCUGUCAUCCUUGCUGGGACCCAGUGACCAAGCUGGGUGAGCCCCUGCUGGGAACGCCGGGAGUUUGGGCUCAACGCCCCAGACAGGGAGGAAGAUAAGCUUCAAUAUUUUCUUCCCUAUGCUUUAGUGGGUUUCAGUUCUCCUCUCAUGUGAGUGUGUGUGUGUGUGUGUGUGCGUGCGUGCGCGGGCGAGAAAGAACACACAGAAGUGAGAAUGACGUGCUGCUGAGUGCGAGCCUUGUCCCGUGAUCAUUCAGAGGGUGUGUGAGGCGCAGGGGGCGGGCAGGGAUGGGGAACGAGGGGGAGCGUCCCCUUUCAUCCUUUGGUGCUGUUUUCUGUAACCCUGAUUGCCAGAGACAGAGUGAAAGGAGCGGUAGGUAA